CCUCCAUCGGAGCUGAGCCACUAAUUAGUAGUUAGGUUUUGGUUAACAGGUGCUCGCCCCACAUAUUACAUAGUGGUAAUAGUCGUUUAACCAGCUUUAGCGGGCAUCUGCGCUUGUUGAGAUAACUUCGACCUGCAAAAUUGUGAACAUGGAAUUUAAUCCUACGUCUGCUUCUGUGGAAACAGAAGGAUGCGACUUGCAUUUCUGGUACCAGGGGACGGGCCCACUGCUGAUUAUGAUCCCCGGCGGCGGGGGAAUCGGAAGACAGUUCAACCUCCUCUUUGAGCAUCUGGACGAGCAAUUCACGGUCUGCACAUACGAUCGACGACAGACAAAUGCCAGCAAAGUCAAUGAGAAUAAGUUGAUGAACCCUGCGCAGCAAGCUCGUGACAUAAUCGCCAUAGUCACAGCUUUGGGCCGCCAGAAGACGUCCAUUUUUGCCAACAGUGGUGGAGGAAUAAUCGCUUUUCAAUUUGCUAUCAGCUAUCCUGAGUUUCUUGACCACGUCAUUGCCCAUGAAACACCAACUACUAGCCUCCUAGAUAAUUCUACGUACCGCCUUGAUAGAGCUUUCCAACUAGUUGACACUUACAGAAAACACGGCGUUAGGGCCGCCUUUCAAGCAUUUAUGGGCGAAAUGAAAGGCUAUCAAGAUUAUGUACCCGCGGAGGUUCUCAGCCAAGAAGACGCGGAAAAUUUUUGGGAAAAUGAGUAUCUCGUUUUCACCAUCUAUUGUCCAGAGCUCCGCAAGAUUGUUGAGAAUGGAGUCUCGAUAGCUGUCGCCGCUGGGCUUGCAAGCGAGGAUGCCUUCUACGCUGUAACCACAAUCCACCAAUCUGAGAUCCUAAACUGCCCACGCUUCAUCUUUCCUAGCCACCAUUCUGGGUAUGAAGCUGAGCCGGCUGCCUUUGCUGAGAAGCUUUUGGCCGCCUUGGAACAUAUGGAACAGAAGAGGCAACUAACCUAGGUAAAGUGAGAAGUAGCCAUGAGUUAAGCAGGACUUCAAUGUAGAAUAUAUCAACCUGCUGUUUUCAAUGGUGGUGAUUAGUAUUGAAUCUAACCAUAUAGUUAAAUGCGAUAUAGACUGAUUCAAGUCCCGCCCGUAGACAGUAUAAACAGUGUUAGUGUUAUUAAUAUUGAG